CUUAUCCGUGUAUUUUAUUUCUCUUUGACCUACCUAUGUCAGAGGAAAGUGGACAUUAUUUAAUUUUCUUUCCCUCAAAGCUCACAGCCCGUCGUCAGCUUGAUUUGAAAUAAAUCAAGGUUUAAAAUGAACGAAGGACUUGAGAACAGCUUGACUCAACUGUAUGACAACUGGACAUUUGGCAACUCCUCCGUGGAGUUCGUCGCACCCAGGAACAACAUCACCUAUGUUGGAUUUUACCUCCAUCAGCCAUCCACAGCAGCCAUCUUCAUCGUGUCCUACCUGCUGAUCUUCCUCGUGUGCAUGGUGGGAAAUGGAGUGGUGUGUUUCAUUGUGCUGAAGAGCAAAAACAUGUGGACCGUUACCAACUUGUUCAUAUUAAACCUUGCUGUGAGUGACCUCCUGGUCGGGAUUUUCUGCAUGCCCACAACUCUUCUUGACAACAUAAUUACAGGAUGGCCUUUUGGAAGCCUAGUGUGCAAAAUGAGCGGCAUGGUUCAAGGGAUCUCUGUGUCAGCAUCGGUCUUCACUCUGGUUGCAAUUGCCGUUGACAGAUUCAGAUGCAUUGUCUACCCAUUCAAGCAAAAGCUGACCAUAUCCACAGCUUCCUUGAUCAUAGUCAUUAUCUGGGUUCUGGCCAUAUCCAUCAUGUGUCCUUCUGGGGUGAUGCUACAAGUGACCAAGGAGCAAACCAUUCGGGUGUUACUGGGCUACGACAACAAAACAGGCCCAUUUUAUUGGUGCAGAGAGAACUGGCCAAACCAGGAGAUGAGGAAGAUUUACACCACUGUCCUGUUUGCAAAUAUCUAUCUUGCUCCCCUUUCCCUCAUCGUAAUCAUGUACGCCAGGAUCGGCAUUACGCUUUUCAAAACAACAGUUCCAACAGGAGCAAAGCCGGGCCAUGACAACCGCCACACUGUGUCAAAGAAAAAGCAAAGGGUGAUUAAAAUGCUUCUAAUAGUUGCUUUGCUUUUCAUCCUUUCCUGGCUGCCUCUGUGGACCCUCAUGAUGCUGAGCGACUAUGCCAGUCUGACUGAGCAGCAGUACAGAAUCAUCAACAUUUACAUUUACCCCUUUGCCCACUGGUUAGCCUUCUUCAACAGCAGUGUCAACCCCAUCAUCUACGGUUUUUUCAAUGAAAAUUUCCGUAGAGGGUUUCAAGCUGUGUUCAAGUUCAGCCUGUGCACGGCGGAUGGACAGCGGAGGAAACCCUACUCACACAGGCUGCAGGGAAACUCUGUGCUCCCAGCUAAUAAUGCACAAACCACCCUUGAGCCUAUUUCUCUCAAUAGCCUAGAUAAGAACACCUCCAAGCAACUCAACCACAUCACUGAACAAGACUUGGUCAUGGAGGACCUGGAGAAGGCAUCUUGCAGCAGUGGGGGUGUGACAGCAGUGUCUAUUUAA